CGUACAACGGAAGUCACGAUCGUACUCGUACUUCCCGGUCGAAGCACGAGUGGUAGCAGCUUAGUCCAACCACCGUCCCCAACCCUGGCAACAGCCCUCUCUAUCGACAAAUUCAAAUUGAAAUUGAAAGACCGACGGUAGCAGCGAGCAGAACAGCAGACAAGCCAUGGCAAGCACCGACACCCAAACGGAGAUCACCCUCAAGGGUAGCGUCGACAUUGUAUCCGAGUUUUUCUUUACCGCCAUCAACUCCAUUCUCUAUCAACGUGGUAAGUUCUUUGCGAGGUUUUCAAUGGAUGCUUGCAUCGCCCGCGUCCGGUCCCUUCGAGUCGGCUGGCGAGGUCGACCUCUGGGAACAAUUGUUCUUGAUUUCGCAGAAAUGUCUGACCGACCCACCGCGCUAUCCGCUCGCUCUCUCGGUUAUCUACUCCAACAAACAUCGAUCGGUUGGCAGGAAUCUACCAACCGGAAACCUUCAAGCGGCAAUCCAAGUACGGGUUGACCGUCCUCACGACCACCGACGAUGGCUUGCUGAAAUACCUGGGACAGGUCAUGGCGCAGGUGGAUUCCUGGCUCCUCAACGGCGACGUUCAGCGGCUCGUCGUGGUCGUGAGCGGCGUCGAUUCGGGAGAAACCCUGGAGCGGUGGCAGUUCAACGUAGACCUGGACGGCGGCAGCGAGGGGGGAGACGAAAACCGGGCCCCCGGAACGAACCCCAACAACACCGCCAAGAACGCUGCCAGCAGCGACAGCAAGAAAUCCAACAAGUCGCUGAAAGAAAUCCACGGCGAGAUCCAAGCGAUCAUUCGCCAGAUCACUGCCAGCGUCACGUUUUUGCCGCUCCUCAAUGAGCCCUGCUCGUUCGACCUCCUUGUCUACACCAAGAAAGACGCCGCCGUUCCCACCAAGUGGGAGGAUUCCGACCCCUGCUACAUCAUGAACAGCCAGGAAGUCAAGCUGCGCAGUUUCACAACUUCUGUACGUCGAUCCACUGUUUCGUUUGUUUGCUCAUUGUAUGGGUGGAUGGCUACCUGAUUUUCGUGGAUGAAUUUAUUUUUUAGGAUGAAAAACACAAUGGACUUACGAACUAAUGCUACGUCUUGUUCCUUCUUUCUAUGCGUUUUCACCGACACCAGGUACACAAAGUGGAUUCCAUGGUAGCUUACAGAGAAGCCGAAGACUGGGAGCUUUAGAUGGUUUCAACUAUCGGUAUUUUAAACAGAUGAAGGCACCCGUCUGAUUGGUACUCUUUUAGCAUUAGAAUAGAACAGAACGAUGCAUCAAUCCCUUUAUGCGAUGAGUUUCGACCACUUCACCAUAGACAAAUCGCCGAAAGGAAACCUGGAACAUAAAUUAAUUGCGUGCUUCCAACAUCAACAUUUUAAAUCACAUCGCACAAACGCCAAGUUGUCCACCAUACCCCGAUCCUUCGCAGCUGUUUCUGUAACCGUUGGCGCAGAAUCUCUCGCAAGAGGCUGGGGGAACGCAUUUCUCCUGGCAUUGAAAACAGGACUACCUCUACGUUUCCAAUGUAUUCAUUAGCGCGAGAACCAAACUUUCGUCAAAUUAAGUUUCAAAAUAAAAUAAUAAUGUUUAUGUUGUUAAGAAUGCGCAUGGCCGUUAAUCAAGGAAAGAAACCAUUGUUGACUGCCAUGCGUAACUCUACUCAUCGCCAUGAAUGUUAUAUAAAAAUACGGUAGUAGAUGGACCACACGUGCCCUAUGAAUACCGCACUCACGCAAAAGGCACGAUUGUCGAUUGCAUGCAUCCGUGAUUUUUACAACCCUGUCAAUUGUGUAUUUUGUGAAAGCAACCGCGGCAGGUACAGAAAACGCCAGGAUUCAUUGCCUCGUCCCAAAAACAAACCAAUAGCCAAUUGCAAUCCGUUUGGGUAGUUUGCUGCCAACAUCCGACUUUCUCUUUGAUUGGUUUCGCACGCAGCCCACGGCAUCGUUGGUACGGUACCGCACACUCUAAACCACCAC